AUGCUUGACGACUCUGCCGAAAUAAUUGCUGAUGAGGACCGCGACACUGCCAAGACCGAACUUAGAGCGUUACUGGAUAAGGAGGAGAUCGAAGAUUCCGAUAAAUUAUGGAGCCUUUUCUCAAAGGCUGGUCACCCUCUCGACCUGACUUCUGCAUUGCUGGCGAGACUAUGCAGCUCUGAUCGUGACGUUGAUAACAGAAGAGCCAGGCGACUUCUCAACUCCCUGCCUAUCGAGUCCCGAACUUCUGAGGAUUAUUUGCACAUGACCAAGUCCUGUAUUGCUACGGGGAAUAUUUCGGAUGUGGAUGGGAUAUGUCAGGAAGCAAUCUCAUACAGCCGCGGCGUCUUAUGUUGGGCAUACUGUUUUGCACAGUUUGUGAACUCUGAACAAUGGGAUUAUGUGCAAGAUAUUUGGAGAUCGAGGCCGUUGGGCGACAAGUCGCUGUGGCACACUGUCGCCCCUUGGCUACAGGUGUCUUCCGUGCAUAAGCCUUUGUUAGCACUUGCUGAUUACUUACAAGACCAGAGUCUCGACAGUCCAGUACGUCUUGCUGCUCGCUUCAUACUCAAUAAUGUAUUUUCUAGCACGGAGUUUGCCGAAGCUACUGCGACGGAGACCCUUCUAGCACUACUGCAAAAGUUCAACCAUCUGGACUUGAUCACUUCGCGGAAUUAUCUUGAUCUUAUCAACACCCUUCAAGAAUCAGAGCACCGAUCGACGUUUGUUCGAUCUAUCGUGGUUUAUCGGAAUUUCCGUUGGCAGAUGGAGGAAGAGAUUCCACCCCGAAAGCUUCUGGCUAAGCUGUUGAAGCGUCUCGCUUCUUUCGAGAUCACGACCGGUAUCUUGUACUUCCUCGAUGAGAUUUCUCACUUCCAUCGCAAACCGACAGAGGACGUCUACAGGCAGGCGCUUAUUGUUUUUUCGAGAGCCGGUGAUGUGGAUAAUGUCCGGCAUGUAUUCGACAGAUUCCUUUCGGACCACGGAAAGCCGCGAAGCCGCAAAAUUGUGGCUCCACUUCUCUAUGUCUACGCCAGAAUUGGCGAUGUUGAACAGACCACGCGUCAGUUCCGAAGAAUUUCGGAGGAGUUUAACCUUCAACCGAAUGACAUAUGUUGGAAUAUCCUGCUUACAGCUUAUUCCAAAGCGGGAGAUCUUUCAGGGACCUUCACCAUGUUCAAGAAGAUGAUGGAAGAGGGUGUUGAGCCCAGCUCGCACACUUUUGGUAUAAUGAUGGGUCUUUGUGCUAACCGAGGCGAUGUCACUCAUGUCCGUGAUUUGCUCAGUCUAGCCCAACGACAUAACGUGCAGAUAACAACCCCCAUGAUUGAUACAGUUGUGGAGGCUUAUUGCAACAACUCAGAGUGGGAGAUGGCUGAGCACGUUGCAGAGACUUGCCUCGGCCUCGACGUCAAGGGUUCCCGCGUAAGAAUGUGGAAUAUCCUGCUCUGGAAUUAUGCUUUCCGGAUGGACCUGGAAGCUAUAUCAAGGAUACGCUCGCGGAUGGACGCCUCAGGACUAGAACCCGAUGAUAUGACCUAUUCUGCUCUUAUGCUCAGUCUUGUGCUCAUAGGCCAGACGGAUUCUGCCCGUCGCAUCCUGAGGGCACUUCACCGAGGCCGCCGCGUUUACGCAACUGAAUUCCAUUACGCAGUCAUUCUGUAUGGCUAUCUGAAGGACCGCAAUCGGGACAUGGUGCACAUCAUCUUCCGCGAAAUCAAAGACAGAUUCAACCAACCGGGACUUGGCUCGAGGCUCCUUGUGCUCAAGAGUCAGAUCCAGCGAGAUCUGCAACUUUUGGCACAGGGUGGUCAGGUCGGCAACCACGCGAAUAUUCGUCUCGAAAAUUCCGAGAAAUUCCUUGCAGAGACUCUUGCAGAUUACCACUCUACCAAGUUGGCGACGAAGUACCCCUUGCUGGGUUCUGGUAGGAUGUCUGCCAGGAAGGGAUUCCCUGCUGUUUACUACGAAUAUAUGAUCUCUGCCUAUGGUAUGAAGGGGGCUUAUCUGUCGGCUCGGAGGCUUUUCGAUGACUAUACCGCUAGUCAUCCACCCAAAGACUCUGAUGAAGAGAAUUACCAUGACAUCGCGCCUCUUCGUUUGCUGUCUGCUUUGAUGCUCGCGCAUCUGAAGGCUGAACAGUACCAACAGGUGGAGGAAUGCUGGAACCUGGCUUUCACUCGUGCAUUGAAGAUAGCCAGUCCCACUUCUCCUGAGAUUGAUGAUUGGCUUAGUCGUCAACUCAACCCAAGUACACCGCCCUUACCAUCUCAUGCCGAGCUCUUGGUGAAUUCCGACGACUCCCAAGCUACGCCAUCCGAGUCAGCUACGACAAAGAAGGACCCGAUUCUACCGGCGUACCGCUUCAUGCUAUCUCGCCCUCUUUCACUGUAUCUGCGUUCUUUGGCUUAUGGAAACGAGGUUUCGAAGAUCUCCGAGGUCAUAGCAAAGUAUGUGGAGGCAGGCUUCUCCAUGACAACCUUCAAUUGGUCCACUUUUGUGCAGAUGCUUGCGUCCUCCGACAGGUUGUCUGAUCAGAUUGAAGCUUUCACUGUCUUUGAACAUAAGUUCAUGCCCAACUUCCCUGGAUGGGAUAAUCUUCGUCGAGGAUAUGGUGCACGACCUCCGGGGGUGCCUUCAACCAUUGAUGCGAUGGAGAAUCCUAAACGGGCAAAGCCACCUAAUGUACUGGGCAGAUUGGGCCGGCGCUACUGGAGCAAGAUCCAGCCGGACUUCAUGCAGCCCACGUACGUGUCCAUGGUAUAUCUGGCUGCUGCAUUGAGGCGACUUCGCGAACGGAGCAUUCACGAGGGAGGCACGGAUCUUCAAGCUAUAUACGAUGCGGCGCCUAAGACGAUCGCAGCAGUUGCUAGACUUCCUUACCUCCGUGAGAAGUUCCAGGGUGUGCUCCUCCGGCGUCGGCAGGAGAAAGGCGAGAUGGUUGAUGAACUUGGACGUGAUCGUUAUGUGUGGACAGGCGGUAUUCUUGGUGUGGGCGGCCUGACUAGGUCUAAGUCACGGAAUGAACCGACUGCUGAAAAGGCGGGACAAGACAGUAGCAAUAUUCGAGUUGAAGCACGAGAUACCACUUCUGAGCCAACUGAUGAGCCUCCAAUCAAUGUUGGUAUCUCCGAGUUGGACGAUGAUGAGCAAGAUUCCGAUGUUGCACCCUCGCCGUUCAGAAAUACCCUCGACUACCCUGAUGAAUAUGACAUGGAGGCCGAGACGCUGCUCGAGGAAAGAGACAAGGAACUCGGAACGAAGGAGGAAUUGAUGGACGAUGAAAGUCUCGUGGAAGAUGAAGAAGAUGAGUUCGACGAUCUGGAGGAGGACAUGGAGGUCGAAGAAGAAGGAGAGAAUGAAGAAGAGGAAGAAGAAUGGGUGGCAGAGGAGGCAGAAGAAGGAGAAGAUGUUUCUGAUGCCGAAGAACAGGACAUAUAUGAGCCCCAAAACGAGGGACAAACCCCUCUAGGCGAGGGGCCCAAGUCACUGAGUCUUCCUGUAUUCUUCAUCAACUCAUCGCUCACAUCUCUCACUAAACGCUCUGUAGUGUGCAUGAACCUCCUGCAACUUACUUGUCUCCUCAUAAUCGACCUCUGUGCUCUGUAUCACCGCUACACCGACGGAGAAUGGUCAAGUUCAGCAAGUUUGACGACGCCGCGCAGGAUCGAGUGCGUGCCGCCGUCGAGUUUCUUGACCCCAGUUAGCAUCGACGAGAUCCGAGCGCAUAACCGUGAGAUGGCCGAUGGCCUUCUCACGUCGCCAUAUGAAUACUCUGAUGCCUUCGAAAAGGCCCUCAAAGAGAUCAUCAAGACUUUGCCGAAUAGGCCAUCGAGGGAAACGGGAGACGAUGUGAACUACCAUUGCGGGUUUGUUGGUGCAUUCGGAGAAUAUUCCUGCAACCCUAGGACGCUCGGUUCCUCCCACCUGAACCGAAUGAUCUCCCUCGAGGGUAUCGUCACGAAGUGCUCUUUGGUCCGGCCCAAGAUUAUUCAGAGUGUGCAUUGGAGCGAGCGCGGUCAGAAGUUUCUUACAAGGAAGUACAUUGAUGCGACAAUGACGGCUAGUGGUGCCACUAGCAUGAGCAUCUAUCCCCAGGAAGACGAAGAGAAGAACCCGCUUGUCACAGAAUACGGUUUCUCCACAGCCCCGGCUGGCCAGCUGCCUCGGAGUGUGGAUGUGAUUGUUGACGAUGAUCUGGUUGACCGCGCUAAGCCCGGAGACAGAAUCCAGUUGGUCGGAGUUUACCGCUCUCUAGGUAAUAGAAACGCUUCGUCUACGUCUGCUACAUUCCGCACGCUUGUCCUUGCGAAUAACAUUAUCCAAUUGUCUUCAAAGUCCGGUGGAGGAAUCGCACAGGCCACCAUUACCGAUACCGACAUCCGCAACAUCAAUAAGGUCUCCAAGAAGAAGGGUGUUUUUGAACUCUUGUCGCACUCGCUCGCGCCCAGUAUCUACGGACAUGACUACAUCAAGAAGGCCAUCCUGCUCAUGCUGCUCGGUGGUAUGGAGAAGAACCUGGACAACGGCACUCAUUUGCGUGGUGAUAUCAACAUUCUCAUGGUCGGUGACCCUUCGACCGCCAAGUCUCAACUGCUUCGUUUCGUUUUGAACACCGCCCCGCUUGCAAUUGCCACGACAGGUCGAGGAUCUUCUGGUGUCGGUCUUACGGCUGCCGUCACGUCUGACAAGGAAACUGGCGAGCGAAGACUUGAAGCUGGUGCCAUGGUUCUGGGUGAUCGCGGUGUGGUUUGUAUUGAUGAGUUCGACAAGAUGAGCGAUGUCGAUCGUGUGGCUAUCCACGAAGUCAUGGAGCAGCAGACGGUCACCAUUGCGAAGGCCGGUAUUCACACGAGUUUGAACGCCCGAUGCAGUGUCCUGGCCGCCGCCAAUCCGAUCUACGGACAAUACGACCCCCACAAAGACCCCCACAAGAACAUUGCCCUUCCGGACUCUCUUUUGUCGCGUUUCGAUUUGCUCUUCGUCGUGACCGAUGACAUUGAGGAUUCCAGGGACAGAAUGGUGUCAGAGCACGUCCUCCGUAUGCAUCGCUACCGCCAGCCCGGUACUGAGGAGGGUGCUCCUGUCCGCGAACAGCUUCACCAAACGCUUGGUGUCGGCCUCGAGGAUACACAGGACUCGAACCAGCCCACAGAUGUUUACGAGAAGUUCAAUGUCAUGCUUCACGCCGGCAUGGCCCACAUGAGCCGGUCCAAGAGCAAGAACAUUGAAAUCUUGAGCAUUCCCUUCAUCAAGAAAUACAUUCAAUACGCCAAGUCUCGUGUCAAGCCCGUCUUGACCAAGGGUGCCGCCGACCACAUUGUCGCAACAUAUUCUGCUCUGAGAAACGACGAACUGUCUGGUAACCAGCGCAGAACAUCGCCCAUUACUGCUCGUACCUUGGAAACCUUGAUCCGUCUAUCCACCGCCCACGCCAAGUCACGCCUCUCCAACAGAGUCGAGGAGCGCGACGCCAAGGUCGCAGAGUCUAUCCUCCGGUUCGCCAUGUUCAAGGAAAUCGUUGAAGAUGAGCGCCGCAAGAGGAGAAAGGUCGCUUCGUUUGACGAAGAUUCAGACAGUAGCGACUCUGACUCUGACGACGAUAACACUCCUGCGCAAACAUCCAGCGCCACCCCCAGAUCAUCCAGGAGAGGCGGUCUCCGAUCCCGUGCAGCCAACGCUCGUUCCGCCACCAACGAGGACACAGAGAUGGAUGCGGACGGAGAUGCUGUCUCCGAGGAUGGCGAUGGCUUGUACAAUUCUAGUCCCCGCGGACAACGACUCCGCUCUAGCCAAACAUCCCGCACGCAGACACAAACACAAAGCCAGUCCCGGAUGUCUGUGGCUUCAUCUCGACCCGCGUCACAGCUGGUCGAGUCCCAAACAGACAACUCGCAGUCGCAGAACACGACUGCUUCAUCGGAGCCGAUCCAGCCCGCUCGCUUGACGGUCUUCAGGCAAGCACUGGGUCCUCUGAUGGGCACACGACUAUUCACCCACGGUGACACCGCCGACGUCGAAUCGCUUAUCGGAGCCGUGAACACUGCGCUGCGCAACACGCCUUCCCUCGGCGAAUCGCACGUCUUCCAGCGCGGGGAAGCUAUCCAGGCCCUGAGGGCUAUGAACGAGAGGAACGAAUUAAUGUACCUUGAGGAUGACGAAACCGUCUACAGAAUCUAA